AUGAACGACCACGGGAUAAUACCCAAGCCAAAUCACCGAAAGCCUAAUCGACAGGACAAUCGGGAUACUGGUAAAUUCUGCCAAUAUCACCAGCACAACAGCCACAACACUGAGGAAUGCAUAAGCGUGAGGAAGAUCAUUGAACGCUUAAUUCGGGAAGGAAAACUGGAUCAGUACAUUGCCAGACCAUCGUCGGCACCUGUCCCGAACGUGAACCGACAAAUCAACGUGGUCAACACCAUUAGCGGAGGUCCCACUCUGGCGGGAUCAUCUAAUCGGUCGGUGAAACAAUACGUGCGUACCGCUCACUACCCUCAAGUCUUCGGCAUAGAGGUCAACCGGCACCACAGGGUACGAAAGGUUGGGUGGGAGCCUAUCACGUUCUCUGAGAAUGAAGAAAAGGGGAUAAUUUACCCCCACGAUGACCCAAUGAUGAUCCGAGCUGAAAUCGCCGAUUACGAUGUAGGGCGGGUGCUGAUCGACAAUGGAAGCUCGGUAAAUGUAAUUUUUGCCGAUGCUUUCAAUGGAAUGGGAUAG